UAACCCUCGUCUCCUUUCGAUACCUCCAUGUUUACAGCUCACUCUCCCGAGAGCUUCUCCCUGAGCCUUCGAAUCCAAAAAUUUCCAAUUCCCCCACACCCACGCCCACAAAGAAGAGAGAGAGAGAGAGAGAGAGAGAGAGAGAGAGAGAGGGAGAGCGCUACCGACUCCUUCGUGGGUGCGAAGUAGGAGGAUGGGGGAGUUCGUCGCAGUAGUUCACACCUAAUCUUUCAUACAUCUGCGAUGGCCAAACGAUUGUAUCAAGUUUGGAAAGGGAAUAAUAUAUUCAUAUGUGGUGGAAGGAUAAUAUUCGGACCUGAUGCUAAGUCACUGUUGAUUACAAUCUCCCUCGUUGUUGUCCCUGUUGUGAUCUUCUGUGUAUUUGUUGCGAGACAUCUCCUCCACAAAUUUCCUGCCUACAAUGCAGGAUAUGCUAUUCUUGUAGUCACAAUUGCCUUCACUAUUUUUGUACUAUUACUCCUCUUUAUUACUUCAGCUCGAGAUCCGGGUAUUGUACCACGUGCUUCGCAUCCGCCAGAGGAAGAAUUCACUUAUGAUACUUCAGUGUCUCCUGACCAGAUCGGCGGGAGGCAUACGCCUGCGCUACAUUUUCCCCGGACGAAAGAAGUAAUAGUCCACGGCAUGCCUGUGAAAAUAAAAUACUGUGAGACUUGCAUGGUCUAUCGUCCUCCUCGUUGUUCUCAUUGCUCGAUAUGUAAUAAUUGCGUUGAACGCUUUGAUCAUCACUGUCCUUGGGUUGGACAAUGUAUUGGACAGCGCAAUUACCGCUUCUUCUUCUACUUUGUUUCUUCGUCGACUCUUCUUUGCAUCUAUGUAUUUGCAAUGUGUGCUCUUUACAUCAAGUUUCUCAUGGAUGGGGAUUCAACGGUAUGGAAGGCAAUGAAAGAGUCGCCAGCAUCAGUGGUGCUAAUGAUAUACUGUUUCAUAUCUCUCUGGUUUGUUGGCGGUCUCACUGGAUUUCAUUUAUAUCUCAUCUCCACCAAUCAGACCACUUAUGAGAACUUCCGCCGCAGAGGAGACAAUGCGCCCAACGUUUACGACCGCGGCUGUCUCAACAACUUUCUAGAAGUCUUCUGCACGGAAAUCAGACCUUCCAGAAACCAUUUCCGAGCUUUUGUACAAGAGGAAUCAGAAAGAGCUGCUUCAAGAAGACGUUCCGCAGAGAUCGAAGAAGAAGAUGAAGAUGAGCUGCCCCGCGGCCCGCGCGCCAAAGUCGAGGACGACCUUGAGAUCGGCGGCGACCUCCUGAAGAUCUCGCAGCGCCGCACGGUCACCUCCUAUGAAGAGGGCGAAGUUGACUUCGGCUCUGAGCUCGGUGUGGAUCCUGAGGCACGGGUCCCCGUUAUCAGGGGCGAGGUGGAGAGGUUCAGCUGGGGGAUGAGGAGAAGUGGGAGUUGGGAUAUCUCACCAGAAGUGCUUCCUCCAAGCUCUUCGCUCGCGGAAACUGGGACACUGUCACAAUAGGAAGCACUUUAAUCCAAAGCAGUUUUCUCUGUGCUUUUUUAGCCCCUUUUCCUUCUUUCUGCAUUAUAUGUGUCUCUUUGGUUAAUUUCUGUGGAGGAAGUGAAGGGAUUAUAUUGGGAAAAGCCAUGCUAAUUGCUCCUCUUUUAUAUUGCUGUUUGUGUUAUAGUUUGGUAAAUGGGUUAUCUUCUGAUUCUUUUUGUAAAGCACUAUUGCAGAAUGUUUGGUAUAGUGUAUUUUCUAUUUACUCUCCCUUUUUCUUUUUUUUU